AUGGCGGCAAAUGGUGGAACAGAGUCACAAGAUCCAGCAUCGUAUCGGCUGAAAAGUCGCCGGUCGUUCCAUAAUAUAGAUCGGGAGACGGUUUCGAAAGAUGCGUUCCAGGAACUCGACAAGGACGAAAAUUUUGCCAACCUUCAUGAAGAAGUUUCUGAGCAGAAUAUGCGUCGAGUUUGGAGCAGCCUGAGUGGUCUCUGGCUGGUCCAUGGCAAAUGCCCCACAGCCAAUGAAGAACCUUUCCACGUUCGCGAGUUGGCACUUUUGCCCAGGUCAAAGGAAUCGGGAGAGAGUGUUCUUGCGAGACACAACAUCUCGGUGCUCUGCUGCAAGGGCUGCAAACAUCCAGAUGAUUGCUCCCCAGGCCAGGAUAACUUCAGCAGCUCCCGACUACCUGGAGGCUUCCGUCUGCACUGCGUGGCGGAUGGGCACGGUGAAGAAGGGAGCUGGGUAUCUGAGCGAGUUGUCAGGGCUCUGCCGUACUUUUUGAGCUCACGAGACUGUCGCAAGAUGCUGCGCGAGGGUGAAGUGGAGAGUGCCUUCUUGUCGGCCUUUGAACGACUUCAAGAGGACAUUGUCUCUGCAUCACGCGAUGCUGCCAUCAAUAUCCAGCUGUCUGGAAGCACUGCGGUGUGCAUCCUGCGCCAGAUACACAGCCCAGUCGUUUGGGUUGCGUGUACGGGUGACUCUCGUGUCAUCCACGUGGCCCGGGACGGAAGCGUUUCUUUCGCAACAGAGGACCACAAGCCCUCCAACCAAAAAGAGCGUCAGCGGGUCAUGAUGAGCGGCUGUGAGAUCACAACGAGCGAUGCUGCAAACGGGGAGGUGCUGGAAAAGAUUUGUUUGCUGGGUCAGCGCGGCAAGCUUCCAGAACUUGGAUUCACGCGCUCCAUUGGCGACCUCAUGUACAAGAAGUACGGCGUCACCGCCAGGCCAGAAGUCUUUAGGCUGGAGCAGGAGCUUGGUGAUGGCUCUGGGCACUUCCUCUUAGCUAGUGAUGGGAUCUGGGAGUUCAUGAGCAAUGACGAGGUUGCCUCUAUUGUUCACAGUAGCCUCCAAUCCGGCAUCUGCAAAGACAGCAUAGUGCAGGAACUUGUCAAGGUUGCGCAAAGCAGGUGGAAGGAACAUGAGUAUGAUUAUUGUGACGACAUCACGUUGCUCAUGGUGCCAACGCGGCAGGUGACUGCCGCCCCUCCCGCUCCUGAUGAUAGCUGCCUAGGAGGUGUCGUCUACGCCUCUGAGGAAUGCUUAGCUCGUGUAGACAAACUCUGCGCGAUUCAGUAA